UACCGGUUAUCGCCUGCUCGCACUGUGACUGUGCUCUGCUAUUCGUGUGUCGUGACCAUUGUCAAGGUUGUUUUGCGGUAAAAGAAGAGGAGUUUGGAAUCGAAGACAGACUGGACACGAAGGCUAUCGGUGGGUUCAUAAGCUGGCAUUAUGAGAUACAUCACUUUCAUCAUCUGUCUUGUCUAUGUGUCAGACGUCAGCAGUGCAUUGUAUAUCCCUGAUGCCGAGACACGACAGAUGAUAGUCAACACCCACAAUGCCUUGCGUCGAAAGGUUGCUACGCGUUGGGCAGAUAGAGGGUUAGCCGCUGGCAACAUGAGGAAAAUGAGCUGGGAUGCAGAUCUAGCGGAUGAGGCUGCUACCAUGGCAACCUGCGAGAGCCUGGAGGAUACCUCCGAUAUGAGCUGGUCAUUAGGGGGAGGGUCUUCGGUCAUGUUCUUCGAGGACAUUGAGACCCUGGGGCAUGGUAAGAACUUGGCUGUCAGCUCAAACCGCAACAUCCGUCAGAUGAUCGCAGAAUGGAGCGCGGGAGAAACCCACUUUAACUACAAAUAUCAGACAUGCGCGCCAGACUACGACUGCACCGCCUUCAAGCAGAUGAUAUGGGCCCGGGCCAGUCGGGUUGGAUGCAGUCUCAACCCGUACUGUGAGCAGGAUGGCGAGAGUGUCAAAGUCUUGGUCUGUAUGUACGAUGAGAAAGUAAGCAUUCUUUUCGACCAAUAUGUCAUCGGUCCAAUGUGCAGCAAAUGCGACUCGCCGGCUGGGUUCUGCGAAGACGCCCUCUGUGUCACGUCUUGCUAUGGGAGCACGUCUGGAGAUUGUGGUUGUCAAAAAACCUGUCACCAUCCGGACGUCGGUGAGGGCGUGCUUGAUGAGCACACCUGCACGUGCAACUGCGCGUUCGGCUUGGGACCAGAUUGCGAAGAAUUGUGUGAGAAUCCACAGCCCUACAUUGAUUUCGACUUCUGUGCUGACAUGAACAACCCCGACUCAUGCGAGCUGGAUCAGGACUUUCAACAGCAAAACUGCCCAGCAAAUUGCGACUACGGCUGCAGGUCGGCACCGUGAUCAUCAAAGCCAGGAGUGAUGUAACUUUGAACCCAGACAUAAAGAGGGCGCCCUAGCCCAACGCAUCGACACCACCGUCACUGUUUUUCCCGAUCAUCUCAGUUUGCUGUUCAGACGUAACGGAACGGUCGUUUGUAACACAGAUGUUUUAGUUUGACUGUAAAUAAUUAGCAACUAUGUUAUGAUUGUGUCUGUCUUGUUCAAGGGAAAAGUUUUAUUGUGGUUCCUUGAAUCAGUUAUAGAUUGUUUCCACAAUUUCUUUCUUUCACGUACAUUUUAACAGGUCUGUCUGCUACGUUUGGCCGAACAUUUUAGUUGACCUAGAUCUGUCGGCCUUUUAUCCUGGAUCGAACUUACUCGCGCUUAUAUUGAUUAUUGACUUUAACGGUAUUUGGGGGUUACUUCAAAUUGUGGGACAAUUAUUACUUUUAGUUUUAAUCGUAUAUAUUUACAAGGAGAACGAACUGAAGGAAAAUGAACGUUUUGGACGGACUUCGCGUCUUGCGACGUAUUUGUGUGUGUCUGUUGAUAAAUAUGUUCAUACAUAACUUGGCCAUUGAAAAUUCCCACUUUCCAACUGGAAUCACUUUUCAAAUAAGAUAGUUAUGUUUUAGCGAGGCGGCGUCCCAUUUAAGCACAAACCUUACCCUAAGUCAUUUUCCUCUCAUACGUACAAAUUAAUAUUUAUACUAGAAGUAUAUUUUAUUUUAAUUAUACUGCACUAUAUAAACGUAUUGAAGUUUAGUUUUCAAAUAGCACAAAUAUGUAAAUUUCAUAUACUUUCAAAAUCUUGUAGCAUAAACAAUAGUAAUGUUGUGGCUUAUCUUGAUACUAAUUCCAUAGAUUGAAUAUUGGGUUUUGCCCUUCACCGACGUAUACGUCCAAAAUACGGCGGUGAAGGGCAAAACCCAUUAUUGAAUUUACAUCACCCCGACGCAUAUUCUAUCUUAUGAAUACUGCCAUAGAUGCGAAGUAUAUACUGUAAUUUAAUUUAUACGCAUAGGCAGAUUUUCGCAGGAUUUUUGGUUAAAUUUUUCGUUGGCCUAAUCAACAGACACUACGUGAUCUUUCAAUCAAACGGACGCAUCCGCGAUCAUAAUGUAUGAUUGCGUGUACAUAUAGUUCUUUGAGGUCUCUUGCGAUGUUAAGAGGUCUAUAAUUUAGAUUUUUGGGUUUCUCAGGUCCAAAAGGCGGUCAGAAUUUAGAUCGGGCAAUAUCCAACUUCAGAUAGCUACCACUACUGCUUCUUGUGAUUUCAUUCAAAAUACUAAGAUUUCUGUUAUCGUAUGGCACCUUCAUGUAAAGUGUAUGACCUUUCGUUUUCAUGCCUUGAUAAGAAUUUUUAUUUUCCUUUUAAGUGUGUUAAAAUGAUUGUAAUCUGAAUUCUGGAAAUAAAUGAAAUAAAUAUAACAUUGAUUGGAAUUAGAAGUCAAAUGACUGUUGAAAUAACUUGGCGUU